AUGCCGAAGACUGAAAAAUUACGGAUUAAGGUGAUUCUAUUGUUGUGCGUCGCUGCAGCCGCUCUGGCCGACCAACCCCCUCCCCCCCACUACCCACCCCACCUGAAUCCCCCACCAGAAUACCCCCGCCCCGCAUAUCCCCCACCCCCUCCACCUUCCUAUCACAAGCCGGCACCCUACAAGGCGGAACCCGAGUACCCUGACGUUCCUCCCAAGUACACCUACAACUACGGCGUCGCCGACGGCUACUCGGGCGCCACCUACGGUCACAACGAGGCUCGCGACGGUUACAAGACGGAGGGCAGCUACACCGUCGACCUCCCCGACGGACGAAAGCAGACGGUCACCUACGUCGAUAACGGAGACGGACUCAUCGCAGAGGUCACCUACGAGGGCGAGGCUACCUACCCGGAGCACAAGCCCGCUUACCCUGCUCCCCCAAAAUACCCACCCACUCCCAAAUACCCACCUCCUCCUCCUCCCCCACCCCCUCCAGCAUACGAGGCUUAAAUUCUGCUCGUCUUGUUUUUUGUAGGACUUGAGUCCUUAUGUGAUUUGUAUGAUUCCUUCAAGGUCUAGGUCCUAUGUGAUUUGUAUUCCUAUGUCAUUUAUAUGAGUCCUUAAAGGCCUGGGUCCUAUAUGAUUCUACAUGUCCUUAAAGCCCUAGGUCCUGUGCGAUUUCUAUAAGCCCUAUGUUACCUAUGGACUAGGAAAUCUACAAGUCCUAUGAUGUUUAAGUGAAUCGGCGUUCUAUGCUAAUUUCUCUGGUUAUUUAUUCUUGUCGCUCUCUUAACUUACAUAACAACUUAAAGAUAUAUAUUUUUGUAUCGGUAUGUUUUGUUCCAGUAUAUAGCGUGCCAUAUGAAAUGGAAUAAAUGUAUUUUCUUCUAAA